AAGUGACGAAUCUGCCGAACUCACGCAGCGGGUAUCUGGUCUGUUCUCACAUGUCCUUCACAUCCUGAGCGCUGAUAGCUAAGCAUCCCAAUUUAUUAUAACUAUGACAGCUCAGGUCAACGAAUCAGACCAGAUCAAACAGUUCAAAGAAUUCCUGGGAACCUACAAUAAACUGACAGAGAACUGCUUCAUGGACUGUGUUAAGGAUUUCACCACAAGAGAGGUCAAGCCAGAGGAGACUUCAUGUUCUGAGAGCUGCUUGCAGAAGUAUCUGAAGAUGACGCAGAGGAUCUCCAUGCGCUUUCAAGAAUACCAUAUCCAGCAGAAUGAAGCGUUGGCUGCUAAAGCCGGUUUGUUAGGACAGCCACGAUAAUCAUCUGCUGCUGGACUGAACUCCAGACCAUUACGCCAGGCUCUGUCUAUUCCAGCAUGGAGCAGGGCUCUCCAAACCGGAGCCGCAGGGCAGAGGACGCAGACACUGGGAAUAAUGAUAGAAGUCCUGUAACGUCUGCCGGCUCUGGAUCAUUGGGAAUUUAGUCCUCCCAAAGGACAGACACUCUCGUUUUGACCAUUAUGUUGGUCUUCCAUAAAAACAUGUUAGUGUGGUUCAAAAUAAAAUAUUAGUCAACUCUUAA